AUGAUUCAGGAUCAAGAUAUGCAUGCUGCUAAGUUGGAGUGCACUUUCAUUGCCAUUAAGCCUGAUGGGGUGCAGAGAUGCCUGAUCUCAGAGAUCAUAUCUCGUUUUAAGAGGAAAGGAUUCAAGCUUGUGGGAAUUAAAGUAAUCAUCCCUUCAAAGGAGUUUGCCCAAAAUCAUUAUCAUGACCUCAAAGAUAAACCAUUCUUCAAUGGGCUAUGUGAUUACCUAAGCUCUAGUCCUGUCAUUGCAAUGGUGUGGGAAGGACAGGGAGUUAUUACCUAUGGCAGAAAACUGAUUGGAGCCACAGAUCCUUAAAAAUCAAAGCCUGGAACUAUUAGGGGAGAUCUGGCUGUUGUCGUUGGAAGGUACUAUUUUUUUCAAAGGAACUUACUACCUAGUUUUUCUUUGUACAUUUUACAGAUGCAACAAUAUAUUCUCCAUA